AUCUACACACUCGUCUCUUCUGUAUCAUCCGCCAUUCCAUCACAAGUCCGUAGUACGUACUUGUAGUUUAGCUCGUCAUGGAGUCAUUGAAAAGCCUUGUGUUGUCCUCGUCAUCCGACGAUUCCGACGAUGAGAUAGAUAACUUGUUCCUUUCCCAACAUAUUGACCACCUUGUACUAGGAGACACGAGCACGCGCCGUAGGCGCUGCUCAUUGCCUCGCCGAGUUAUCCAUAGGGACCACGCUGCUGGAGAAAAUCUCAUCAAACAUCACUACUUCGGACCUAAUCCUGUGUAUCCAUCACAUGUUUUUCGUCGAAGGUUUCGGAUGCAUCGUCCUUUGUUCCUACGUAUCCUUCGUGCCGUUCAGCGAGAAGACGAAUACUUCACUAUUCGAUGUGAUGCAACUGGUUUAGCAGGGCUUGGUUCAUUGCAAAAAGUUUGUGCUGCAUUGCGUAUCCUUGCGUACGGGUUACCAACCGAUGCGGUAGAUGAGUACAUACAAAUUGGACAGACUAUGGCUAGGUGGGCAGUUCUACGUGGCCCUGCUUAUGGUUGGGAUCGUCAUCACCUCGCAGAGAUGAUGACUGCUUGCAUUAUUAUGCACAACAUGAUUGUCGAGGACGAAGGAGACGGUGCAGCUAAUGUGGACUUCAUUGGCCCGACUGGCCCCCGUGAAGCGUGUAACAAUAUUCCUGAGGUCCGCAACGAGUGGCUAAAUAAUCAUAUCCGCUCCGAGUUACCCAACGAUCCCGACGAGGACAUCACAUGUCAGGCCACAUACUUGUCUUUGCAGCACAACCUGAUAGAACACCUUUGGGCUCGUCGAGGGUCCAUGGGUUGAUGGCUUUUAUCCAUAAUAUGUGGUACAACAAUGUUGUUUAAUUUGUAGUAUGAACUAAAUCAUGAGUACCACAACUGCAAGUCGUUUCUGGUUUCUUGGUCGGUAGUUAACAACUCAUGCUUAUUUGUAUGUGUAAUUCCUCUGCUACAAAUAAGUUGCAUAUGUUGCCAAACUUGAAGUCAUGUAUGAAAAAUCCUUAUUAUGAAUAUCAAUAAUCUGAAAAUAAACAAUGUUCAAAAACCAA